AUGGAAAAUGCCUGUGUCUUAGGAGUCCAAGGCCAAAAACCAGAGGCUCUAUACUUUAGUCUCUGUGGCGUUGAUAAUAUCGUAUCUAUUGAUGCCUUGAGGACGGAAUAUGCUGCCCAUGGUACAACAAUUAAAAAAAGUAAUGUACCUAUCUGUCCUAAGGCCACAGAGUACAGAGCCAUAAACGAGACACUCUCGGCCCCUCGCGAUCUGGAUGCUAUAGUUGCUCAAAAUGAGGCCAUCUGCAAAUCCAACGGAGGAGUAUUCAAUACAGAGAUCGAGAAGUGA